AUUCAUUUCGCCCUCCUUUAACUUUCGCACGUUUUUCCAUCAUUGGUCCCGAUACUUCCUGCGUGACAACUGAAAUUCUAGCUUACUCAUCCUCGCGGAUUUCGUUGCGUUUUCCUCACUUUUCAUGGUAUUCUAACGCAGUGUUUUUUACGUCAAGAGUUUUUGUCAGGCUUAUUUACAGAAAGUUUUCGCGCGUGAGGCUAAACAAAAACAAAAAAAGAAGUGAAAAAUGCAAACUAUGAAGUUGGUGAAGCCGGAGGAGAGAUACCGGUUCUCCGAGCUGUUGUGCAUGUUCAAAGCAUGGGCUGCGAUGGGAGCCACUGGAGUGGUUGCGCUGAUCUUUGGCCUGCUGACUGUGGUUUAUUUUCAAGACCUCAUCACGAUGGUCAUUCACAAGGAACUUGAGAUGAAGAACGGGUCGGAGCCUCUAGAAUUGUAUUUAGAGCCUCCUGUGGAACCAAUUACGAAGGUUUAUUUUUUCAAUUUGACGAAUGCCGAGAAGACGCUAAGUGGUGACAUUCCGAUUUUGGAAGAAGUCGGUCCUUACGUUUACAGGGAAAAAUGGGAGAAAGUGGUGGACAAGUUCGAUGACAAGAACAAAACAGUGACUUUCAGGCUCAAGACAAUCAAGUAUUUCAUGCCACGUGAGUCUGCUGGGAAAGAAGACGACAUCAUCAUGACAGUGAACGUCCCUAUGAUGGCGGCGGUGUACAAGCUGAAAUAUGGGUCGUCCAUGAUGCGAGUGGCGCUGUCGAGCAUGUUCACGACUAUCCUGAAGGUGGAGCCCUUCAUGCCGUUCAAGGUGGGCGACUUGCUGUGGGGCUACGACGACCCACUGUUGCGCAUGGCCAAGGACAUCAUGCCGCCCGGCCAGACCCCGCCGUUUGACAAGUUCGGCUUCCUCUACGAUUCGAACGGCACUUCCAAAGAGAACCUGACCACCUACACCGGCGUCGGCGACAUUGCUCGCAAGGGACUCAUCAAGGACUUCGACGGCAUGACGCAGUUGCCCUUUUGGGCAGAAGACAGCUGCAACGCCAUUCAUGGCUCUGACGGCUCUGCCUUUCCCCCGGACAUCGACACCUCCAAGACGCUGUACAUUUUCAACCCCAAGUUUUGCAGGGCCAUGCCGCUCGUCUACGACGGUGACGUGUUCCACGACGGGAUCCGCACGGCCAGGAUGACGCCACCGGAAGACGCCUUUGACGUGGCCCAACCGGACAAUGCGUGCUUUUGCCUCGAUCCGCCAGAUUGCGCUCCCAAGGGACUCUUCAACAUCUCCGCGUGCCAAUUCGGGUCACCUGUAUACAUGUCGUGGCCGCACUUCUACCAGGGCGAGAAGAAAUUGCUGCAACAAGUUCAAGGACUGAGUCCCGAGAAGGAAAAGCAUCAGUUCUACGUGGACUUGGAGCCGAAACUCGGACUUCCAUUGAGUGUUCAAGCCAGACUGCAAGUGAACAUCCAGUUGCAAAGCAUUUGGGAAGUUAAAGGAACAAGGAACAUGAGGAACACAACUUUCCCGAUUCUUUGGAUGGAAUCCGGAAUUGAGAAAAUGCCUCAAUUCGUGCACGACAAAGUUCACCAAGCCAUUGAAAUGCCGGAGGUUGUGGAAGCAGCCGCAACUUACACCUUGUUCAUUGUUGGACUGGUGCUCGUCAUCGUCGUCGGCGCCUUUUUCGUCCACAAGAAAGUCGCCAUUACGAAAAGGACGCCGAAAAUCGACACUUCCACGUCAACGACGACUUUCGACGGUCUGAUACACACUGGUGGUGUCACGGACACCAAUUCAACCAAUAAACUCUCUACAAACGGACAGCACAAAAACGGGAACGGAACUGCUUAAGCGGAGAAGAUAAACAUUCCUGGCGGUGUUUGUUUUUUUUUUUCUCCUGCUUGUUCUGAGUAUGUAGGUGUCGCCUCCUUCCCCCGCUUUGUGGCGGCAGUGGUGGUUUUCCCUUUCGUCUCUUGAAACUGGAAACAAAAUGUGCAGGUCCGGAGGACGUCUCCGAGUUCCACAUUCCUCUUGGCAUGUCGGUGGAAAUCAGAAGCGAGGCCGAAUUUUUUGAUUGCGACGUCGAGCAGCUUUAGCCCAUCCGAAUUUGUCCCAAAUUGUGAACUGAGGCUCGAAAUUUCAAGUCUUGGAUUCUAAUACAAUUUUUUUCUCGUGGGAUUACUUCUCGGCCUAACGACUAGAUUUUAAAUUUUUUUCAUAAUUGCAGAUGAACUCUCGAUUGACUGACCAAGAAAACUUUCUUUGAAAUUCGUAUCAUUGUUUUGAAUGAAUCUUAGCAAGCCUUUGUGAAGUUUAGUCCACGAAGUCUUCCGAUCUUUCCACUCGAGGAUUCAGUCUCAGCUUGCACCUUAUCUUUCCGUUUUCUCAAAUAAAAAAAGAAAGAAUAAAUGAAAGCGAACAAAAUUAUGAAAUUUAAAUUCUAUUGUUGUCUCUUGAAAAAUCGAACUCAUCAUCUUGACAAAAUAUGAAAUAUUUUGCUUCUUACAUUUUAUUUCCGUUCCCUUGACAUUCCGCAUAAAUUCGCGUGGCAAUUUUUCAUCAACUUAAGGUUUGCUGGCUCUUCUAGAAGAGUGAGUCGAUUCUAAGUUUUAUGUAAGGGAGAGAAAUCGAAGGAAAUGACGAUAAUCUUCAUUGUGGUCACGUAUGAAAAACUUUUGAGAGUUUCUUCACGCUAUGGUUUUCGCUGGAUAUGCGUAUAAUCGACGCUGUCGUAAAAAUUCUUUUUUUUUUAAAGAAAUUUUUCAUGUUCAAUUUGUAAUUGUUUAAUCUGGUUUAGUUGGUCUAGUCUCAGCAAAUUUUAAAUUGAUAAAAUAUUACGAUUGAAUCUCUGUUAACAUAGCGUUUAAUUUCUAGUAGAAUUGCCUGGGUAACACAGUAAAAUGGAAUGUUUUCAAUUUUUGCAAUCUGUUGCUUCGGAAAUCAUUUCGGAAAAUUUUCCGUUCGUAAAUCAAAACUUCUUACGGCGAUCAAAUUGGGCUCUGAAAACUCGGAAGUGAAAGCGACUCCUCGAUUAUCCAAGUGGACCUGUUGCACUCGCCACAAAAAGAAGGAAGGUUUUGAAAGAUUGCUGCUAUCCGUUGUUGAAGUCCGUCAGGAGAAGAAAAUGUUCCAAAUGCCUGGAACCUUGCGUGUGAUACAAGGAGCAAAUUUUUUGUUUUCCUUGGCCUGCUGGGUUUAUAUGUAAUACACAACGAAUUUACGAGGUGAAGAAGGUUUUUUUUUGUUCGUUCGCGCUACUAUAUUAGUGUUUGUAUUUGCGUGAAUGAGACGCGCUGAGAUGAGAGGAAAUCUAUUUGCUCGAGAAGCUGACUAAAUUAGGGGGCAUUUUUAAGUCAAGGAUUCUUGUGCCACAACCUUUUUUUUUACAUUUUCUUUUCCCGUCUUUUUUUUUAUUUUGUCCCCCGAUUCAGGUUUUUUAUUUGUGUCAAAAUUAGGGAUGAGGGAAAAUUGUGUGCUUCCCUUCGGGUUGGUGUGAGUGCAGCUGAAAUUUUGUUGCCAUGACGCGGGAAUGGUGCAAAAGCGAAUUUUUGUUUCAGAACGUAAGAAUUCAAAUCGUCCUUGCUUUUUUUCCCGAAUUUUUUUUUUCAGUUUUCCCUCUAUUUUUUGAUGAUGCAACCUGACGUUUUUUUUAUUUAUUUUUUAAAGCUUCUCACUGCAGUAUUAGGAUUAAGAUAGCCUCUUACCUCGAUUCCUUUCAAUCAUCUCUCGAUUAAUCAAGCCUAAUUAUCCCAUUGAGUUUUCCAGGUUGAUAAUUUGUAAAAGUAGCGAGAACUUCGUCUUGUUGUAUUGAUGGACUUCAAAAAAUGCUGUUUUUGUUGAACGAAUCAAUAAAAUUAAGGUGUCCAGAAAUCGGCCAAAUUUUACAUUUUGACGAGAAUCCGUCAGAUCAAGCUGACGUAAUUUCUGCCUUCCUCCAUGUGCUUCUAAAAAAAAAAAAAUGGCGGGUCCGAUUUUUCUACCGCUUUCAGACGAAAAUAUUUUCUGUUUUAAAAUAUGAGCUAAUAUGUUUCACGAAAAUCGGAGAAAAGACAAUUUUGAUGAGUGUUCAUCUUCUUGGCGAAUGUUCGCUCCAUCGAUGUGCUUCUGCUAACCGACGUAUCCGAUUAUCCUAUCGCUUUUGAAGGAGGAUGAAGUUCCUUGUUAUAUUUUUGCACAACGAGAAUGUCGACUGUGACCUCCAAAAUUUUAGUUUUGAAAUUUUCAUGAAUAGUUUUUUACGCGUUGCUGGUUAUUUUUGCUACCGUCUUAGGUUUUAAAUUGCUGGCCUUCUCAAUAUGAGUUACUUUUCUGGGGAAUCGUUUGUUUUUCGCUUCGACUUUUUUUUUCCAGUGAAAAAUUCCAAUAAAAUUCAAAGAAAGCUUCUUGCAUGAUUUUCCACUUAGUGUGUGUGAAUCAUUUUUGCGAAGCAUUGCAGUUUCGAAAUGUUGGCCGUUUUAGUGUCUUCGCGGUGAAUCGCUGUUUUUUUUCCAAAAUUAUUUUGGACUUUGAAUGUCUUUUGAUUUUAUGUGACACGCUUAUUCUCUUCCGAAGUGAGAUGGAGAGUCUUGUUGCUUUCGGACGCAGUUAGGGUUUCGCGAGAUGCCUCUUAAUUUUGCGCUCAUCAUUAGUUCGGACUACUUUUUCCUCUCCUAUCUGUGUCGGUCUUCCGCGGGGGCAUUUGCAUUUAUACAUUUUGCUUGCUUGAAAUGUGCUCAACCUCCUUUUUUUACGUAUCGCAGACAAAAAGCUGUGCGGCGGGGGAUAUGACGAGCAGGGGGAUUUGUUACGGUUGUGCUGAUUCAUCAGGAGUGUGGACAUAAUUCUGCGUGGAUGUUGUUGUUCUGUAGUUCUACCCGAUUUCUGACUCUCUCUGUCUCGAUUUAUAAUUUUUUCUUGUAUGUUUCUUCCUUUUUUUGCGUAGAAGUUCGGAAUGUUCUGCGGUUUGUUCUCCGGCGGUUUGAAUGAGUUGAAAUUUAUGCAGCGCUGAUUAUUCUGGCUUUGAAGUAAAAAAAAAAACAAAAACAAGAAAUUGGGCUGCUGGAUAUGCGGAAUUCGUGGUUAUUUUGUGAAGACGAAGAUAAUCUUAUGCAAUUUAGUCAAGUAUUGUUAUCAUACUAGACGUGUCUUUAAGCUGAAUACGGGGCAAUAAACUUGUAAAUCAUCAA